AUGACGCAGUCAGAAAUAUCCUUCAAAUACGUGUCCACAGAACAGGUUUCUCUGCAGAGACACCGCAGCUCAUCAGUCAAAAGAGUCAAAGUUGCCCAGGGAAACCUUUUUACAGUUUGUCUUCCUGCUCUGAGCAAAAUCCUAAAGAACAACUUCAGACGAGCAGCAAGUUUACCUGACAUGAAGCUGAAGGAGUUUACACCUGCCAUCAGUGCUAAUGACUGUGAUGAUGAAACCUACAGCUUCCAGUGCUCCUGCCCGGGCCUGUACCAGUGCAGUGUGAGCGGCCUGGUGUUUAACAUGAAGGGAGAAGGGGGCGUGGCCUACAGGACCGUCCCUUGGAACAGGAGGCUGCUGGCCCAGCACCACAAGAAGCCUGCAGGACCCCUGUUUGACAUCAAGUGUCUGCAGCAGUCUGUGUGUCAGCUCCAUCUCCCACACUGUGAGAUCAUCUCCACAGGUGGAGGUCGGUCCUUGCAGGUUGCUCACGUCAGUGAUGAGGGCAUCGAGUUCAUCGGCCCUCACCAGGUAACAGAGACUCAUGUUGUUGUAAACAUCUCAGGGUUUUCUGCUUAUGGUAACGUCAAGGAUGAAGACUCUCCCCCUGACCCGGUCCAAGCUCUGGUUCUGCUCUUCUACAAACCCCCUGAAGAUCCUGAUCUCAGAUCUGUCCUUAGUGUACUGUUGUUACCCAGGAACAUUGUGAUCCGUGAUGUACAACGCACCAGGAGGAAAUUAAUCGGAGAGGAGAGGUACUUAGACACGUCCCCUCACUGUAAACUGCAAUCAAAGCAGGUUUACACUCUGUCCACGUCUCCUGAAGACGACCUGAUCAAAGUUCAGCCAAAAGAAACUGAUUUUGAUGGUGAGAACCACGAGAGCUACUUCCCAUCUUUCCAGGUGGUUUUCAAAAGAAUCCUUACAGAGAUUCACCUGAGUCUGAGACACAAGAGCAGCUCCAGCUGUGUUUGGGAAAGUGAGGUUUGCCUUUUGGCCAACAGACUGAGAACUGUGACUCUCCCUCCAAAGGACAGGCUGUUAAAUGUAUGGAGUUCCUUCAUUGAUGGGAUUUCAGGACCGGUUCUCAGCAGCCUGAUGGACAAACUGCUGGAGAAAACAGUGAUAACUGAUGCUGAGAGGGAGGCAGCUGAUGGAAAGAAGGGAAGGGAAAAAGCUCGUUUUGUUAUCGACACUGUGAGGAGGAAAAAUGCCAGUUUAGAGAUGAUCGAGUGUCUCAGUGAGCUCGAUCCCUUCUUCUGCAGCAAUCUUGGGCUGAUCUGA